AUGCAGACAGAAAACAUCACGUUGGUGAACAGCUUCAUACUCACAGGGCUAACAGACCUUCCUCAGUUGCAAUUUGCCCUCUUUGUGAUCUUUUGUGUUGUAUAUUCCACUACCCUGGUGGGGAAUCUGGGCAUGAUUCUCUUAAUCCGGUCCAGCCCACAACUGCAAACCCCAAUGUACUUCUUACUUGGCAACCUGUCUUUCUUGGACAUCUGUUACUCCUCAUCUGUCACCCCAAAGUGCCUAACCAAUCUCUUAAGGGAGAAGAAAGAAAUUUCUUUUGCUGAUUGUUUUACUCAGCUUUUCUUUUAUGGUGUAUUUGCCACCACUGAGUGUUACCUGCUGGCAGUGAUGGCCUAUGACCGCUACGUGGCUAUCUGCAACCCGCUGCUCUACUUAAUCACCAUGUCCCAAAGAAAGUGCAUUGAGCUAGUUGCUCUUUCCUAUGCAGCUGGAACAAUAAAUGCUUUGGUGCACACCAUUGCUGCAUCAAGACUAUCCUUCUGUGGACCAAACAUCAUUCAGAAUUUUUACUGUGAAGUUCCUCCCAUACUGGAGCUGGCCUGCUCAGAUAUCAGUCUCAAUGAAAUCUUGCUCUUUGUCUUUGUCGGUUUCAAUAUAACUAUAACCAUUAUAAUUGUCCUCACCUCUUACACCUGCAUCCUGGUCACUAUUUUAAAGAUACAGUCCACUAAGAGCAAAAGCAAAGCCUUUUCCACCUGCACUUCUCACCUCAUGGUCAUCACCAUCUUUUUUGGCUGUGCUAGCUUCAUGUAUGCAAGACCUAGUUCCAGGCAGAACCACCACCUAGACAAAAUGGCCUCUGUGUUCUACGUAGUGAUGACUCCCAUGCUGAACCCCUUGAUCUACAGCCUGAGGAACCAGGAAGUCAGGAGUGCCUUCCGAAAAAUCCUGGGAAGGAAAGCUCCUUCUCAGUCUAGGCUGAUACCUUCCAUACAAGUUGGACCUUCUCCAGAUCACAGGAGAUAG